AUGCGCUCUAAACACCGGAUAGUUGGCCGACCCAGUCGAUUUGGUCCAAUGCCGAAUACUCGAAGCUCCUCCAGACUUGCCGUUUCAGAAGACGGUGAUCAAGUUUCACCAUGCUGGCUUCAUUUGCCUGUCCGACUUAGUCUUGAAGAGGCGACUCUUCUCCUAGCCCAUGGUCUAGUUCCCGGUCUAGACAAAGCGGCUCCCGUUGAGCGACUAUCAUCUCUAUCUCGGUCUCCAAAAACAGUGGAAGGGACUAUUCCUGAAGUGGUCGGGCAUCCUAGCAAAUGCGUUUUGCUUGACUACGAUAUGCAGCUUCAAAAGAGUAGGAAUGAGAUUGUAAGUCUCCUUACACAUUGGCCUUGUUAA